UGGACGAACAACGUAUAACACCGAUUCAACAAUGCUCUCUGAUUACUUUGUCAAAUUAUUUAACAUAACCCUUUAUCUGCGGCAGCACUAGUGUAAUUGUAGCUGUUUGCAUUGUCCGCAUGUGUAUCGAAUUAAACGCCUAACAAGCCUGUUCAUAUUCAAAAAUGUGGUCAUUACGAUCCCGCUUGGCCAGCCUGUCACGCCCGGGACGUUCUUCCCAUUCCAACCCCCUGUGAAAAUGUCUUGCUAGUCAGCUAGUAAGCUAUCUACACCUCAGUUUGUGGUUGUGCGUUGUAAUGUUUAGUAUUGUAUCCAUCUCUUCACUACUAUGGCUGUACGUUGGUUAUGCAGCCUAUUUGGGAAGCCCUUUGAUGGUGGGAAGAGGAUGGACAAUGGCAGCCAGCAGCAGCACCCAGCCAUGAAUAGGCUCUAUGAGGUCCAGCGGGAGGUUCAGUCUCUGGGCCCUCAAGUGUGCACCUUCAGCGGGCUAAAGAACGAGCGGGAGUACCGGCGGCUGGAGCGCGAGCUGACCCAGCUGCUCCUGGAAGUGGACCAGGUGGACACUGAGGGCAGGGCAGACCUACAGGGGGCACGCAAGAGAGCAGCCCAAGAAGUAGAGGGGCUGUUGCGUUACCUGGAGGAGAACGCCACCCACCCGUCCCGCCUGGCCAUCGAGGAGCUGAGCAGGGAGGCCCAGAGGCUGGUGGAGCAAGGUGUGGUGGAGCCUCAGCAGGCUGGGAGCACAGCAGAGAUCAGUGAUGAGCUGGUGGAUGCCGUGCAGGAGCUGAUACUGAGGCUCACCCAGGUAAAGACAGGAGGGAGGGUGCCCCUCCGCAAGGCUCGCUACCGGGCCCUGACACGACUGUGUGCCGUGCAGGACGUGAUCGAGGGUCGCACGCGCCAGCAGACCCUUCCCCUUUCGGAAGACACACAUGUGGCCGUGCAGAGGAUCAACCAGGUGAUGGUGCAGGUGAGUGGGGCACGCAGCCAGCUGGUGGCACUGCUGAUGGGGCUGAGUGGGAGGGAUAGCUGUGCCCACCUCUCCCGUGUGCUCACUGAGCUCCUAGUGGAGCUGGAUGCCCUGGACGUGUCGGGGAACGCAGCGGUCAGAAACUACCGGAAACAGGUGGUGGAGGAGAUCAACAGCCUGCUCAAACACCUGGACCUGGAGGGAGAGGGAGACGAUACGCGCAGGUAUGACUUGGGGCAAAAUGACUCUAUCCGUCAGAUUGAGGCGGUGCGUGGUCGGCUGGGCCAGCUGCAGGGGGAGGUCCUUCGACACUGUGGGGUGGGUGACCUCUUCAGGCCCAAGCCUGAGCUCCAGAGUCUCCUCACACAUCUGGACCAGGUAGACAUAGCCCGUAACCCCUGUAUCCGUGAAGCCCGGCGGCGUGCCGUGCUGGAGGUCCAGGCUGUCAUCACCUUCCUGGACCUCCGUGAGGCCCUGAUCUGCCGCCAGCCCAGCCCCAACGAGCCCUCACAACACAGGGCUGUGUGGAUAGUCCUGGGCAGCCUGUCAGACCUCCAGGCCCAGGUACUCUGCUUCAAUGGCAAGCAAGCCGACAAGAGCUACAGGCUGCUGGAGGAGCUUCUGACCAAACAGCUGCUGGCUCUGGACGCAGUUGACCCACAGGGCGAUGAGAUGACCAAGGUGGCCCGCAAGCAAGCAGUCAAGUUUGCCCAGAACAUCCUCAGCUUUCUGGACAUGAAGACAGAUGAGUGGGAAUACUGAUCCACUGGAAAAGACUGGACGUAGCUGUAUGUUGCCCUAUGGAAUUGUGUGUAUAUAAACUGGUGCAUCAUCACUCUAAGAGAGUUGGGGUGUGUAAAUAUUGUCUAAAUCCCAGAAUGCACGGCAGCAGCGCUUUUGUCUCUUUGUCAUUGUUGCUGGCCUGUGGGGGGUGGGGGGAACAACCCAAUAACAUUUUUGUGAAAUAGAAUUUGGAGAAUAGUGUUCUGACAUACAAUGUGCUUUUUAAGGUUUACAGAGCAUCUUUUUGAAAUCUACUGUAUGUGUGUGCGUUUUGAUCAGUGUUGUUGUUGGGUUGUGGUUGCAAAGCCUGUGGCCAAAAGCACUGAAGCCUGUUAUAGUGGUGGUCAGAGUAGUUAAGAUAGUCCCUUCGUCUGUUUUUCAAAUGCAGGAGUGGGACUAGAGUAAUUACAUCUCGAUGGUAUCCAUGUUUAGCUUGAUUACUUUGGAGGUCAGUUGUAAAUUUACUCAGCCAAAUGAUGUACAUGAUGUCUCAAAAUACUUCUUUACUGAGAUGAACCGAGUUUACAUCAGUACUGUGAGACAAGAUCUUCCUCUGUUCAUGUUGCUUCUCCACUUCUAUUUGCUCUGUGUCUCUUCCUGGUAAUGCUUUAAUCAACACUUCUGGGGCAAACUACCCUAACCCUGGAUGUACACAGCUGUUUCUGGCAACCAUUCAGAUGACAAAUGAAAAGGGAGAGAUUCUUUACUGCUUUAACCACUGUCCUACAAUAAUGAGGAGAAGGAUGUAGAGUUAAAGGGCCUGUGAAAACAUUUGUCAAUAGGAUGGUAUGUUAUUAAAGACCUUGUAUAGAAUGAACAUUUGUGGACACGAUAAUUGCCCUGUUUGUAAUUUGUAGCUGAAUGUUGACUGUGUGUUUGCGAGGCUCGUGAAGGGGAAAAACAGUGUGAAGGUGGUUUAGGUUUCAUUUUUGUCUGUGGCUUUCUAUUGUCAGAGGAAUGUGUCUGAGAGCCCCGUAGAGGAUCACUGAUUUGGUGUUGCGUGUAUUAUUAUAGCUGGUGACAGUGUUCACAGUGGACAGAGCAGUCUUAAAACCUCUGCAGAGUUGCAGCAGAGUUAGGAAGCUAUUAGUUAAAAAGCCCAAAUCUGUGCCUUUCUUUUCAUCAUAUUUUUCACCAUCCCGAGCACUUACACUCUGAGAUGUGCACUUUUUACUGAUUCUCAGCGCUGCACCUGACAGCUCUUUGUAAGCUGACCAUGGAAUGUCUGGCAGAUAGUGCAUAGGGCUAACAAAGCUUGAACAGUCCUCGGAUAGCUCCCACAGAACUCGCACACCCUCAAAAUGACAGAGGUUAUUCAAACCUUCUCUGCUGCUAUAGAAAAACAUAUGGCAUACAAACAGGGAAAUCCAGCAUCACAAUCAUGGGUCAUCUGAAGUGAGAUUAUUCGAUUACAAUUGUGUUCAAUGUGGCCCUCAUGCAAUGGAGGGGUGUUCACACAGCAAGCGUAAUGCUCUCUCAAACUAACCAAUACAAAAUAAGGUACCAUUCUGUCAAUUUUUGUUGAUUUGAAGUAAUGUUCUUUGCCAAUAACCAUACAAUCUCUUUCCUUCCUAGGCAUAUACAGUGCAUUCAGAAAGUAUUCAGACCCUUGACUUUUUCAGCCUUAUUCUAAAAAGGAUGACAUUGUUUUUUUUUCAUCGUCAAUCUACACACAAGACCCCAUAAUGACAAACCAAAA